AUGACAGGAAAAUGGAACUCUUUAAGACUUCUAACGGAUGUGAGGCACCAAAGUAGCAAGUUUGCAUGGCAGGUUUUUGACAAUCUUAAUGCAUGUGGGGAAUUUCUGGAGGAUGUAUUGAUAUUAUCAAAUUUAGGAAAAGAUCUUGAUGUAAGGACUGCUCCUAAAGUACUCUGGAAUACUCCGGUUACUCCAAUUCCAAGUGUAAGCGUGAGUUCAAAAUCAGUAGAAAAGAUACCUUUGUCUUGUGGUCGUUUCAAAACUCAGUUUGCCUCAUUUUUCACUGGAAGUGAAGACAAGAAAGUUGAGAAUAAAUUUCUUGAGUUUUUAAGAAGGUACAAACAGAAUGGCAUUGUAUAUUAUGAGCCAAUUAUCACUACCUUGAAGAAAAUGGGAUGCCAGGAAAUGUUUGUUUUUUACGAACAUAUUGAUGCUGUCGAUCCUGAAUUUGCAAGAUCUUUGUGCAUGUGUUAUGAGAGGGUUCGAAACAACCUGAGUCAUGCAGUCAAAACCUUUAUUAGAGAGGAUCUAGGUGAUCCUGAUUUUCAUUCUGAACAUCUAAGUGUUCGCAUCUGUGAUAUGCCAAAGCCUGACAGGUGGAUUCCAGCUAAAGAAUUUUUUGGUUUAGCCGGUAAUCAUCCAGCUGAGGCCCGCACCAUUGAGUGCAUUGACUAUUCUCUGGAGAUUUUGGUUAAUGAUGAACUCGAAGUUGAUAUUGCUGCUCAAGUUUGUUUGGAAACGACACCAACGACAAGGCAACUUGAUUUUGUCAGAGUUGCUACUGAUUUUCUUCCUGAAUAUGCUGUUUGGAAACAAUUGCCAGGUUUUUUCUUGCAUCUUGAAAAGUCUAGGUCUACAUUGAUAAUUUGA